GACACAAUGGGUUAAUAUCUCAAUCCCGCUCUCCAAAAUGGAUGAACAAGAUAUAAUAUGGACCUUACCAUAAACUAUGAAAUACAAGUUUUACUAGUGACAUGAAAUAGUGCCGCCAAGAUGGAUGACAGCUCGCCAGAUCUGUCGCUUAAGCUUCGGCGAGGCUCGAGCGACUCGCGAGAGUCGUUCUACAUGGACUUCGCUCAGGGGAUUGACUCGGACAUCGAGGAGGUGACGACGAUCGAGCGAGUGAUACCCGAGCACCCGGGAGGCAGGUCCGAGGGCGAUGCGGACACCCUGGCUACGCCGUCCGGGCUUGAGGAGACCAAGGAGUUCCCGCCGUGUUGCUACUCGAUCCCUGCAAACAACAUGUCGGGAGGGUCUCACGUGUCGCGCACGACGUUCGAGUCCAGCCGUGAGUCCGAGCCGAGUCGGGGCUCGGCGCCUCCACUGCCGAGCCCGGCGUCGGCGGGGGCUGCGCUGGUGUCGCCGGAGACGCUGAGCCGGCACAGCAGUCCCCCGCCUCUGCCUCCUCACUCGCAGCCCGCGCCUUCUUGUUCAUCUCAUCGAGUGCAUAUGGAGUCACCGCUGAAGUGUUCUAGCCCCCCAUCGCUGUCCCUCGGCGGCUCGCUGUCCCUGCAGCCGGUGCUGUACCCCGGGGGCUCGGCGCACGCCCCGCUGCCCCCCGCGCGCCACACCCGCCCCUCGCCCACCAUACCACAUGUGCAUCUCAUCAGCGCAGGCGAUGCACUAGCUACCACCCUCUCGGCGCUGUAUGGCAAGCUACUGGUCGUCAUGGGCGUCGCCUUCCCAAUGGCCGAAGUAAUCUCUACCUACAUUCCACCCUCAUUUUAUGAGGGCUUCUACUUGUACCUGUACAUCGGCAGCAUGGUGUUCCUGCUCUACAUGUACGCUGCGCUGCUCAGGGAUCGCUCGAGGUCCGGCGCUGAUUCCCCUGUCGUUGGUAAAUCAGACUCAAGUUCGUCUCCCUCCGAGUCGGACUCGUGUUCUUCGCGCACGGACCGCAGCACCGCCACCGCGCCGCACCCGCAGUACCAGAUGCCGUCGAACGCUGCGAAGCGGCUCUCCCUCGGGUUCGCUCUCAGCACGAGAACUCACCACUACGGAAGCUUCUACCUCAGGAUGGGUGCUGUCGCGUUCGGCAUCGGUUCUAUGAUCUACUCCGGUCUCGAGUUUGGCCAGUACUGGGAGCUGGAGAGAAACACCAACUGCCACAACGUCCUGCUGGCGCUCACGCCGGCCACUAGGAUGGCCUUCAUCUUCAUCCAGAUGUACUUCAUAUUUCUUAACAAUGAGAUGAAAGUGUACAAGCACAAGAUAGUGGCGAGAUUCGGGCUGAUGCACAUGGUCGGGACUAAUCUCAGCGUGUGGCUGAACGUGCUCGUGCAGGAGACCAAGCACGAGAUCCUCACCUUCUAUGACCCGGAGAAUAAGACGAUAGGCUUAUCGCACAGAUUAGCGUUUCAAAAGGCGUUUGUCACAGCAUUGUCAACCGAAGUGCCUCCAUCGCAUCCAGCAGCAGCUCAUCUACGGGUACCUCGUGGCUUGAAGGGACCUCAUCACAUCUUCGAGUGUCGGCGGACUAAUAUCAUGGGGUCUUUAGUGCAAGACGCUUCGCCUUUCCUCUUUCCGUGCACUAUCGAGUAUUCCCUCAUAUGCGCAGCUAUCUUAUACGUCAUGUGGAAGAAUAUAUCUAAGUAUCCAUCAAAAGACGUCGCAGCUGCCAUCGCGAAGGCACGAUUGUUAGAAGGCCUUGCGUAUAAGAAAUCGCCACACCUGUAUAGCGUGGACUGCGCGAGAGCUCAUAAAGGCCUAUUCUUUGGUAUCUUGGUUUUAGUACUCACAAUAAUUUCCCUUAUACUGUUCUUUGUUCUGAUAUCAAAGAAAGACUACGCAACAUUAGCUGUGGUGGAGGUUAACGUAUGUGAAUUAGCGUUGUAUGCUAUGACAACUUUCGCAAGUCUAGCAGGGAUGGUAUGCGUACGAAAUCUCAAAUAUGAUGGUAACAGAAAUCUGGAGCUGGACAAUAUCCUGCUUGUCGGAGCGCAGACUGGCAUGUUCAUCUAUGGAACUUUUACAAUCAUCGGAGGUCAUUUUACUAUUGAGAAGAAUACCAUUUUAAUCUUGAUUACAGCCUUAUCGUCACUAGUUCAAACGACUUGCCAGACGAUGUUUAUCUUAGACGCGAGUCGUCGGUCAGCUAAAACACCGGAUCAGCUGCGGAAGAAACCCGGAAGGGAAAUCGUUACAUUCCUUCUUGUAACAAAUUUGGCUAUGUGGGCGAUAAAUACGCUUGAAAAGUCUAGGGCGGAAUCCCAUCCAGUGCAAUUGCACUUUUACGGGUUAUGGGCGUGGACGAUCAUCACUCACGUGUCCAUGCCGCUGGCCAUAUUCUACAGGUUCCAUUCUACAGUUUGUUUAUGCGAAAUUUGGAAGCGAGCCUACAAGAUGAAGCCAGCAUACAUGUAGCGACGAGCCUUCUACUAAAUAAGUGAUCUUCGCUCACGCAAUAAGCUAUCGCACUUUUUAAAGCGCAUAUAUGUAAAGUCGUUUGAAAAGAAGCGUAAUUAAAAUAGAUUGUGCCAUAGAUUUAACGUGAUGGAUACCGGAUUAGCAGUUAGUUAUUUGCUGUUUGAACAGCAAAUUAUACUUAUAAUGCCAACCAAAGCUCUCAUCCAAUUUUAUAAUUGCUUAUUUCCGGUAUGCACUAAAAGUUAAUUACUAUAUGUGUUAGUUUGAAGUUGACUGCUUUAAUGUUAAGUUAUUGUAUUUAAAUAUUUUAAUGUGUUAUUUAUUUGUAGCUUUAUUAGAUGCUUUAAAUAUCACUAACAGAUUCAUAUUGAAAUAAACAUUGGGGUUUCAUUGAAACAAGAAAAUAUAUAUCUUAAUAUUUUUUCCCUCGAAUUUUGCACAUAAUUCAUACAUUAACUACGCAAUUUGUUUAUUUUAAUAAAAAAGUAUGAAUAGUAAUACCAACUAUGAAAAAAUAUUUUGCAAAAAAAAUAUUCAGAUUGAAAUAGUCUUCCAAUAGGUUACAGAUCACUUUUUAUGACUUUUUAUUCGUAUUCGCAUUUGCAAUACAGCCAUACAAUCAACAUCACAAUAGGGAACAACAGAAAUGGGAGAUCAUUCGAAUGGGGCGGUUGUGAAAAUAUGAAAUGGCUUCUAACACUAAUUUCAAAAAAUGAUGUAGCUGUACGUGUUUCAUAUAACUGCUGGCCCCAAAAUGCAUAGUCUGAUCAGAUUUAUACAUUUUGUAGCGAUAUUUUUGCGAUAAAUGUAGUGUCAGUAUUUUGGAAAAUUUUAAACCAUAGAAAUACGUAGUAUAUACCGAGGACCCAGUAGGUAGGCAAAAGUAACACCAAAGUUUUAUAUUACCAAUAAUGGAGUAAGUAACUAAUUUUUGGAGCUUAUAAUUGUAUACAGUCCAGUGUUUUCACAUUUUUAGAAUCUAUGAAAUAAUAGAAUUGACUUCCAUUCCUACGCUAAUUUUGAAUAAUUAAAAGUAAUUUAUAGAAUUAAAUAUUACGUCCAGUGAGAACAAAUUCAGCUAAUCCGAAUAAGUGACAUUAAGUAUAUGCAAAUCUUUUUUAGCUUACUCAAUUGCUCAAGUAUCGGCUCAGCGUGAUUAUGUAGCUAACCUACUAAAGUGGUUAUUUGUGGCCAAGUCUAGACUAUAGAGAAAUAUAGUAAGACAAGAGUGCUUACUCCAUACAUCAGUUUUGGUACCGAAAAUAUUAGUAUUUUCAUAGUCGACAUCUAGCAUCGAGUAGCGGAAUUAUCAGUACCGCUACUCGAUACUAGAUGUCUCUCGAGUGGCGACCCACGAAAAUAGUAUUGAACAACAAUUUACAACUAAUAUUAGAAGCAGAAGGAGUUGAAAAUAGAGUUCCGGUUAAUCCGUUUAUAAUACAUAUUAGCUGAAAAUUGUUGAGCAUUAGACUUUUCGAUCGCCGCUACAUCUAUUGUCACGUAGCAGUACUGAUAAUUCCGCUACUCGAUGCUAACUAGAUGUCGACUAUGAAAAUAAUAAUAUUUUUGGUACCAAAACUGAUGUAUGGAGUGAGCACUCUUGUCUUACUAUAUUUCUCUAUGUCUAGAUAAAGGUUCCACUUUCGUCGCUUAUCGUAAGGACGAGAUUUGCUUGUAUCUUUAUACGAAUAAUCUGUCAAAGCGUUCUUAGGCAAGCGGCAAAGUGGGACUUGCUUGGAAAGCUUGGAAACGACACAUUUGGAACUAUGAAGUUAAUUAUUCGUAACAUUGGAUUUUCAGAACACCUAAACUCUUUGAUAUAAUAUAUUAAUUUAGCAAUAGCGUAAUAUUUUCUUUGUAUUCUUCUUUUAUACAUUUUGAUGUGUAGCUCCAAAACGUAGGUUUUAGGAAUUUGGUAUGUAUUUUAUUUUUGUACAAAUUUACAAACACUGUGAUCAGUAUGCUGCAGUAACAUUGAGUUGCAUCUCAUACAAGAACAACGUUAACAUUCGAGCUCUGACACUGAGCAAGUUUACGAAAGAAAAUUAUUUGAUACAUUAAUUAUAUCUACCUACAUAUAAGUAGGCGUAGUUUUAAUACAGUUUUAUUGUAUUAAUUUAGUUGUACAUACAAUAAUAUAUACCUAAGAUUCAAACAAUACUCAAGCAUGACAAUGUUAGCUUUAAAUUGUGUAGGUACUUUUAAAUAUUUAUCAUAAUCUACCUUCUGUCCGAAUGAAUCAUAGUCUAAUAAAACAUGGUCUUCUCUUCCCAGAGUGACACAAGCCUACGUCACAAUAACAUGGCCGCUAUAUAUAGCGCUAUCGCAUAUUAUCAUAUAGCGCUGUCGCAUGAUGACGUAGGCUUGUGUCAGUCAGGUGACCUAGAAAAGACGGGAAGAGAGUACCAGGCGGAGUAUAUUAUUAUACCAUGGAAUUAAUGAAGUACGAGUACCGACCGUGUAUGCGUGGAUAUGUAUCUAAAAUAACAGUAAUAAUAUAAGUUCAAUUGCUUGAAAUGUGUUCACCUUUACAUACAAUAAUCCAUUACUGUUACAAGUUUUGUUUGUUAUUAAGUGCAAUAAUGUUUUUAUUUCCCGACUUCGGCCAAAUCAAAAAGGAAGAAUUUUAAUAUUAAAUAACAGUCUGUGUAUGUGGGUGGUUGGGUAUAUUUGUGUCAUGUUUUCCAGCAAAGCGUCUAAGCUACUAAGUUAUUUUAAUGAUUCGAUUUGUUUUCGUAGCCAGGUGGUAGACAAACAGGCCAAAUGUUUGACCUUCAGGAAGGAAUCUAUUAUUUACGAAAAAAACCGUGGUCGGGGUAAAGUUAAUUGAAUAUAUUUACUUGUUACUGAGGUAAGAAAGACUCGAGAAUUUAUGUUAAUGAAAUAGGUACACGUUCUCCAUUUCGUUUAAAACUAAUAACCAACCAAAAUAUUAAAUCGACCGCUUAAUUUUUCAAGAUAUUAAUAUUUUGUAAUACUUACUCUAAUCCUGUUUUCUGUUUCUGUUGUUUCAUUACAGUUAUUACCAAAUAUUUGUUGAAUGCCCUCUUAUUCCUGACUUUAGUUGUGUACAGUAUUAUAGUGAUAUUAAAUUAAUGUUUCCUUUAUAUAUAUAUGAAUUAUUUAUUUGUUUAGGUGAGAUUGUGUAUUAUGCCUAAAUAGUUUUAAGAUUGUCUUUUCGGAUGUUAAACGUUUACAAGCAAAUAAACUCUUCAAAUUUUGGAUCCCGCUA